AUGCAUCCGCUCACGCUCCUCACGCUCCUCCUCCCCCUCCUCCCACCCACCCACGCCGCCGCCAUCACAAGCCCAAACACGGACCCCAACACACCCACACCCACACCCACACCCCUCACCUACACGCACCACAAAGUCCUCCGCGUCCCAUACGACGCAUACAGCGCGCACGCAUCCACGCUCGCCGGGCUCGCCGAGACGCUGAAUGAUAGCCCCCAGGGCGCCGGCCACGCGGAUAUACUCGUUGCGCCGGAAAACGUGCAACAGGUUGAAGCGCUAGGAUUAGGGGGAAGAGUGCUGCAUGAGGAUUUGGGGGCGGAUUUGAGGGCGGAGGAGAGUCAGGGGAUAGAAGCAACCACCCCCUCCGACGCCUUCUUCACCUCCUACCACCCCUACGCCACGCACAUAACCUUCCUCGCCUCCCUCCAAGCGGCCUACCCCUCGCGCUCGGAGCUCGUCUCCGCCGGCGCGUCUUACGAGGGCCGCAAUAUCUCGGGCAUCCAUUUCUGGGGCAGCGCGGGCAAGGGCCGCCGCCCGGCUGUGGUGUUGCAUGCGACGGUGCAUGCCCGCGAGUGGGUCACUACGCUCGUAAACGAGUUUGUGGCCUGGCGGUUGUUGGAGGGGUAUGAGGCGAAUGCGACGGUGAGGGCAUGGGUGGACAAGUACGAUUUCUUUGUCUUUCCUGUUGUUAAUCCUGAUGGCUUCAUGUACACGCAAACGCAGCAGCGGCUCUGGCGCAAGAACCGGCAGCCCAACGGCAGCAGUGGCCGCGGUUCCAGCUGCGCCGGCACAGACAUCAACCGCAACUGGGACGCGGGCUGGGCGACGCCAGGCGGCGCGUCGACGGACCCUUGCGCCGAGGACUACCGUGGCAGUGCGCCGGGCAGCGCGCCAGAGACUGUGGCGCUGAGUGCGCAGUUGGCGAGCGUGGCAAAGGCGCAGGGCGUCAAGCUCUAUGUCGACUGGCAUUCGUACUCGCAGCUUUGGAUGUGGCCAUACGGCUACACGUGCAGCAAGCUCGCCGCGAACAACGCAGCGCUCGAGUCGCUCGCCACGCGCGCCGUCGCGGCCAUCAAAGCUACGAGCGGGAAGACGUUCACGGCAGGCCCCAUCUGCGAGACUAUUUACGCGGCGUCGGGCAGCUCGGUCGACUACGUCAACGAUGUCGUGCAGGCCGACUACGUGUAUACGGCUGAGCUGCGCGAUACGGGGACGUAUGGGUUCGUGUUGCCGGCGGAUCAGAUUAGGCCCGCUGCUGAGGAGGUGUGGGCGGCGUUGGGGGUUGUGCUGGCCGGGAUGGAGUAG